AUGCCAGGGAUGGUCAGUAAAAACCCAGACCUCGAGUUUGACUCUUUGCAGCCCUGCUUCUAUCCAGAUGAAGAUGAUUUCUAUUUGUGCGGUCCGGACUCUGCUCCCCCAGGGGAGGACAUCUGGAAAAAGUUUGAACUGCUGCCUACCCCUCCUCUGUCUCCCAGCCGGGCAGGACUUCAGGAGAACCCCCCGGGAGGGGCCCCACUGCUAUGGGGAGGGGUGGCUCUAGGGGGAUUCCAAACCCGUGAUCCUCUGGACUGGGCAUCUGAACUGCUGCUGCUGCCCUCUGAGGCCGACCUUUGGGGAAGCACGGAUGGAGGAGACUUAUUGGAGACAGGCUUUGGGGAGAACAACAACCUCAACUCCAUCAUCAUCCAGGAUUGUAUGUGGAGUGGCUUUUCUGCCCGUGAGAAGCUGGAGAGGGCAGUGAGUGAGAAACUGCAGGGCAAAGUGGGAGCAGCAGUGGCACCAGGAACAGCUGGUGCAUCCACCACCACUGCCAGCCCUGGGGGCACCAACAGCCAAGCAGAGCUCAACAACUCUGUGUCAGAGUGUGUGGAUCCUGCAGUGGUGUUCCCCUUCCCCAUCAACAAGAGGGAGCCAGUGGCAGCAGCCCAAGCCCCAGCAACAGGGGGAAUGGCUGGCAUCCGGGUGAACAUUAGUGGGAGCAGUGGGAUCGCACAGGGGGCAGCAACUGCCACCCAGCGCAGCAGCUGCCAUACAAGUGCUACCAGAGCAAACAGCAGCUCAGGAGAUGAUACUCUCAGUGACUCGGAUGAUGACGAGGAAGAGGAUGAAGAGGAAGAAAUUGAUGUAGUGACAGUGGAGAAGAGGCGCUCUUCCUCCAACAAGGCUGUUACUACUCUUACUAUUACUGUGCGUCCUAAAAAUGCCACCUUGGCAUCGGUGAGAAUGCAGCAGAAUGAACUGAUUCUAAAGCGUUGUGCCCCGAUUCACCAGCAGCAUAAUUACGCUGCCCCUUCUCCAUACAUGGAAAGCGAAGAUGCCCCGCCGCAGAAGAAGCUAAAAAAUGAGGUGCCCCGUCCAAUAAAACCCAUGAUCCAACCAAAGUCUAAGAGUUCAAGUCCUCGAAACUCAGAUUCAGAAGAUAGUGAACGUCGACGCAACCACAAUAUUCUGGAACGUCAGCGGCGUAACGACCUGCGAUCUAGUUUCCUCACGUUAAGGGACCAUGUACCUGAACUGGUUAAAAAUGAGAAAGCUGCAAAAGUGGUCAUCUUGAAAAAAGCCACUGAUUAUGUCCAUUCCCUUCAGGCAGAGGAACACAAGUUAUUGCUAGAAAAGGAAAAAUUGCAAGCCAGACGACAGCAGUUGCUAAAGAAAAUAGAACACACACGGACUUGCUAA